UAGUCAAAUGGCGGCUUCAAUGGUUUCGGUCGUCUUUCUAGGAGUUUGCUCGUUGUGAAAUGGCGACACGAGGCUGUGUGGUGGAGUGUCAAAAUAGAGGGAAACUAACUAAAGUUUUCCUUCACCAUUUGGAGAGAGAGGCCAACUGCAUGGAAUGGCGUCGAUUAAUGUGGAUGAAUCGGAGCACGUGUCAAACUCAUUCCAUGGAGGACCAAGUGUCUGCGGGUUUUCGCUCCACCCUUGUACUUGAUUAAUGAAUUAAGGUCACUAAUUAGAAAGGAACUUCCCUCGUCUGAUUGUCUAGGUUUUAAUUGAAUGAAGAAACGAAAACCUGUGAGGCUCGGCUGUCAAUGGAAUGAGUUUGACACUCCUGAAACAAUGGAAAUGGAGAGAGUUUGAGAAACAACAGCUGUGCUGGAAUGCGAUCAUUGUGGGGGACAGUUCUGAUGAUAUGGAGCGGGAGGACGAGGGCCUAGUAUGUGAAUGGUCUGUAGUGAAAAGACAUAGGAAGAAUAGAGAUAAUGAUACUGGAAGCAGUGGUGCAUGUAGUAUAGAAACUCUAAAGAGGCCCAAGGUAGGGAGCUAGAGUAAUAAUGUGUCACAGUGGAAAGUUGGGAUGGUGUUUGAGGAGACCACAGGGCCUCAUUUACACCCUAUCUGAUUAACCAAGGCCAUAAAAAGAGAGAUGAAGUUAAACUGGGCUGCAUCCGUGUAAAUGAGAACUUGUUCUGAACUAGCCUACCUGGUUAAAUAAAGGUGAAAUAAAACAUUUAAGAUGGUAGAUUGUUAAUAUCAUGUGCUAGUCAGGUUCAGCAAGGGAAGAUUCUUCAAUUGCAAAAUCAUAAUGGGAUGAAGCUCAGAAGGCAAGACCCUGGAGCUUAUGCUAAAUUGAAGGGAGUAAUCUCUGAGGUCCCAAUAUCUAUGUCCAUGGAUGAUAUUGUUAAAGAACAUGUGAAGGAGACAGUGGUUGAAGCCUAAAGGUUGAUAAGUAGGAAAGAGGGUUAAAGAAGUGAAAGCUUAUCGGUGUUGUUGAGGUUUGAGAAGGUUUUGUCUGGAAAAGUACAGAAUAGGAUUCCUUAGCUUCAAUGUCAGAGAUUCUGACCCAGCCUCAUCAAUCAACCAAUCAAAUGUAUUUAUAAAGCCCUUCUUACAUCAGCUGAUGUCACAAAGUGCUGUACAGAAACACAGCCUAAACCCCAAACAGCAAGCAAUUUAGGUGUACUAGCACAGUGGCUAGGGAAAACUCCCUAGAAAGGCCAGAACCUAGGAAGAAACCUUGAGAGGAACAAGGCUAUGAGGGGUGGCCAGUCCUCUUCUGGCUGUGCUGGGUGGAGAUUAUAACAGAACAUGGCCAAGAUGUUCAAAUGUUCAUAGAUGACCAGCAGGGUCAAAUAAUAAUCACAGUGGUUGUCGAGGGUGCAACAGGUCAGCCCAUCAGGAGUAGAUGUCAGUUGGCUUUUCAUAGCCGAUCAUUGAGAGUAUCUCUACCGCUCCUGCUGUCUCUAGAGAGUUUAAAACAGCAGGUCUGGGACAGGUAGCACGUCCGGUGAACAGGUCAGGGUUCCAUAACAGAACAGUUGAAACUGGAGCAGCAACAGUGAAUCAUCACAGUGUUUUUAAAUGCCAAAGAAUGGGACAUGUAGCUGUUGAGUGAAAAGAUGUGCCAAGUGUGGUGGGGAACAUGAUUACGGUGAAUGUUGGAGCAAUGUGACGGUUAAGUGUUGCAAUUGUGUGGAGGACACAGAGCAGCAUUUGGUGGAUGCCAGGUGCAGAGAGAUGCUCAGAGAUAUAGAAUCCCUCAUGAUGUAUCAUAUGCAGAGGCUGUAAGACAGACUGGUGGAACUACAGUGCAGACUGAUGGAGCUUCUAUGGUUGGUCCCGUAGUAAGAGGACCUACUGUCAGACUGAUGGAGCUUCCAUGAUUGGUCCCGUAGUAAGAGACAAGGUUAUUCAGGAAAAUAGUACAUAGUGCUGCCUGAAACAUACUGCAACCUUGUACUAAAUGGUUUUUGAGUCAUUUAUGCAUUUAUGGGAAUUUAGGAAAUCUACUAUAGGUUAAGUGCUCUUAUGUUGUGCAAUUUAAAAUGUGUACUUUGUGUUUAAUGUGAAUGAAUGUUUUAUCAAGGAUUAGCUACCUGAUCUACUGAAAUGAGAUAAUUGAACAAGAAAAGAGAGAAAAUAUUUUUACAGCAUAAAGUGCCAGAACUGUCAAGAAAAUAACUUUUGUGUCCGUUUGUCUUUAUUACUACAGGCCGACUCAGAUUAAGUCUGAGGCCGGUAACAUCAACAGUGAGGACAAACCCAGCCUGCCUCUCUCCUUCCACACUGAGUCCAAACCUACAGUCACUGGGUACUGAUUGUGACAGUGGAGCCCAGUUUGCACUGCAGGAUCCAGAGAUGGCAUCAGUGAAGCUGGAAGACUGCAGUCAAACACUGGAGCUGAAUGUCAUCAUUAAAGAUGAAGAAGAGGAGGAGAAGAUUAGGACAACUGUUAGUCAUGGAUACCAUGUUGAGACAUUCUCUACAUCCAGAGAGCAACAGCAGGAAGAUCACAGAGCUAAGAGGUCUCACCACUGCCCAUAUUGUGGGAAGAUUUUCCCAUUUCUAUCAAAGCUAAAAAUACACCUAAGAAAACACACAGGAGAGAAACCUUAUUCCUGCUCUGACUGUGUGGCGAGUUUCUCUCAACUUUCCGUCUUAAAAACACAUGAACGUAUACACACAGGAGAGAAGCCUUGCGUCUGCUCUGACUGUGGAAAACGUUUUAGAACAUCAAAUGAUCUAAAAUCUCAUCAGAGAACACACACAGGAGAGAAGCCUUACGUCUGCCCUGACUGUGGAACUAGUUUUUCUCACCUUUCCGGCUUAAAAUCACAUGAACGUGUACAUACAGGAGAGAAGCCUUACUCCUGCUCUGACUGUGGAGCGAGUUUCUCUCAUCUGUGCACCUUAAAAACACACCAACGUAUACACACAGGAGAGAAGCCUUACGUCUGCCCUGACUGUGGAACUUGUUUCUCUCAACUUUCCAACUUAAAAUCACAUGAACGUGUACAUACAGGAGAGAAGCCUUACUCCUGCUCUGACUGUGGAAAACGUUUUCAAACAUACGCUCAGCUAAAGGUUCAUCAGAGAACACACACAGGAGAGAAGCCUUACUUUUGCUCUGACUGUGGAACUUGUUUCUCUCGACGUUCCCACUUAAAAUCACAUGAACGUAUACAUACAGGUGAAAAGCCUUAUGUCUGCUCUGACUGUGGGGCGAGUUUCUCUCGUCUGGGCACCUUAAAAACACACCAACGUAUACACACAGGAGAGAAGCCUUACUCCUGCUCUGACUGUGGAAAAUGCUUCACAACGUCAACGGAUCUAAAAGUUCAUCAGAGAACACAUACAGGAGAGAAGCCUUACUCCUGCUCUGACUGUGGAAAAUGUUUUAAAACAUCAAAAGAGCUAACAGUUCAUCAGAGAACACACACAGGAGAGAAGCCUUUCGUCUGCUCUGACUGUGGAACUAGUUUCUCUCACCUUUCCAACUUAAAAUCACAUGAACGUAUACAUACAGGAGAUAAGCCAUACUCCUGCUCUGACUGUGGAAAAUGCUUCAAAACAUCAACUGUGCUAACAGUUCAUCAGAGAACAGACACAGGAGAGAAGCCUUAUUCCUGCUCUGACUGUGGAAAAUGUUUUAAAACAUCAAAUAAGCUUAACGUUCAUCAGAGAACACACACAGGAGAGAAGCCUUACGUCUGCUCUGACUGUGGAACUAGUUUCUCUCAACUUUCCAACUUAAAAUCACAUGAACGUAUACAUACAGGGGAGAAGCCAUACUCCUGCUCUGACUGUGGAAAAUGUUUUAAAACAUCAAAAGAGCUAAAAGUUCAUCAGAGAACACACACAGGAGAGAAGCCUUUCGUCUGCUCUGACUGUGGAACUAGUUUCUCUCAACUUUCCAACUUAAAAUCACAUGAACGUAUACAUACAGGAGAUAAGCCAUACUCCUGCUCUGACUGUGGAAAAUGCUUCAAAACAUCAACUGUGCUAACAGUUUAUCAGAGAACACACACAGGAGAGAAGCCUUAUUCCUGCUCUGUGGAAGGGUGGGCGUGUAACUCAAACUUCUAGCCAAAGGCUGCUGUGUUUAGAAUCUCAUCAAGGACGACUUUAGCAUUUUAGCAACUUUGCAACUACUUACUACUUUUUAGCUAUUACUUAGCAUGUUAGCUUAGCAUGUUAGCUUAGCAUGUAACUACUUAGUAUGUUAGCUAACCUUUCCCCUAAAACCAUUUAACCCCUCACCCAGCUAACGUUAGCAACAACAAAUUGGAAUUCGUUACAUAUCAUACAUAUUACAAGUCCGUAACAUAUUGUAUGAAUAGCAAUGCGUAAAAUAACAUAAAAAUUGUAAUUCGUAACAUACGAUACGUCCUACAAGUCGUAUUAUACUUAACAACAAUCUAAACGCAACAAUUUCAAAGAUUUACAGUUCGUAUAAGGAUAUCAGUCAUUUUAAAUAAAUGAGUCCCUAAUCUAUGGAUUUCACAUGACUGGGCAGGGGCUCAGCCAUGGGUGGGACUUGGGAGGGCAUAGACUCACUUGGGAGCCAGGCCCAUCCAAUCAGCAUGAGUUUUUCCCCAACAAAUGUCUUGAUUACAGACAGAAAUACUACUCAGCACCCUCCCUGACAAUCCUGCAGGUGAAGAGGUCCUGGGCUGCCGUGGUUACAUGUGAUCUGCAGUUGUGAGGCCGGUUGGAUGUACUGCCAAAUUCUCUAGAGGUGACUUAUGGUAGAGAUAUAAAUAUUGAAUUCUUUCCUGCAGUCAUCAUGACAAUUGCACAUUCCCUGAACUUGAGACAUCUGUGACAUUGUGUUGUGUGUCCUUUUAUUGUCCCCCAGCACAAGGUGCACCUGUGUAAUGAUAAUGCUGUUUUAUCAGCAUCUUAAUAUGCCACACCUGUCAGGUGGAUGGAUUAUCUUGACAAAGGCUGAAAUGCUCAUUAACAGGGAUAUAAACAAAGUUGUGCACAACAUUUGAGAGACAUUGGCUUUUUGUGCAUAUGGAACAUUGCUGGAAUGUUUCAUUUCAUCUCAUGAAAACAACACUUUACAUGUUUAGUUUAUAUUUUCAUUAAGUUUAUAUUGGUAGGCCAAUGUAAUGUAACCUAACAUACUAAAUGGAGUGGCACGGAUGUUCAUAUAAUACGUUUUGCUCUGAGACCAGGUUGUCCCUCUGCAGUGUUCUGUGGGAAUGAGCUAGUAGACACUUCUUUAAAAAAAACAAGAACUUUUGAACCUUUAUUUAACUAGGUAAGUCUGUUAAGAACAAAUUCUUAUUUACAAUGAUGGCCUAGGAACAGUGGCCUUGUUCAGAUGCAGAAUAACAGAUUUUUACCUUGUCAGCUCGGGGAUUCGAUCUAGCAACCUUUUGGUUACUGGCCCAACGCUCUAACCACGAGGCUACCUUCUGCCCCUAACAUGUAUCAGAUAGAGAUGGUGUGAUGAUCAGUUUUCACCAUUAGUUUGGGGGGGAUUAUUUUACAACUUUAUUUAAUGAUACACAGUUUAUGAAAUGAAUACGUGUUUAUUAAUUAUCUUUAAAACUAGAUGAGUUAUUUUAGUUACUGAUCAUGAAUGUGUUUGGAUAACUGCAUUGAAGCAAACUUUAUUGAUCUGCCAAUGAAAAAUAAAGUUACAUGAACCUCU